AGCUAUUCGUUCUAUGAAGUUGGGGAAAGAUAAUACUCUCCUAAAACCCUGAAGCGGAGGUUUUAGGGCCUCCCGCCUCCGCGCUCGAGACACGAUGCUCGGAGUCCGAUCAGCUGCCGCCGCACGUGCAGCUGUCCGGAGGCUAAGGUCCUCCGCAAACCAUCUUUGCGGAAGCAGCAGCAGCUCGGCCAUCGCUUCUCACCAUUCUCGUUUCAAUAAUCCCAUUCGACAUGCCAAUGCUGUUUCCUACUUUAGCACUACAAAUAAUGUUGGUGAUUUUCGUUUUUCUUCUAUUAAGUUCUACUCAGCUUGUUCAGCCUCCAAUUCUUCAACUCCUCCGGAUACUGCUGCUUCGAGUUGUGGUAGUAGUGUUGAGAAUUGUGAAGGCGAUGCCGAGGCGGCAGCUUACGCGGCAACGCGAAAUGCCGCGAUGGAUGAUGCCUAUUAUGCGAUAGAAUUGGCGUUGGAUUCGGUGGUGAAGAUAUUUACGGUGGCGAGUAGUCCUAGUUACUUCCUUCCUUGGCAAAACAAGUCUCAGCGUGAAUCCAUGGGCUCUGGAUUUAUUAUUUCUGGAAGGAGAAUCCUGACAAAUGCCCAUGUUGUGGCUGAUCAUACGUUUGUCCUUGUUAGAAAGCACGGCUCUCCAAACAAAUAUAGAGCAGAGGUCCAGGCUGUUGGUCAUGAAUGUGAUUUGGCUAUCCUGGUAGUUGAAAAUGAAGAAUUCUGGGAAGGAAUGAACUGUUUGGAGCUUGGUGACAUUCCCUUUCUCCAAGAAGCUGUUGCUGUUGUUGGUUAUCCUCAAGGUGGAGAUAACAUUUCAGUUACGAAAGGUGUUGUCUCCAGGGUUGAACCAACACAAUAUGUACAUGGUGCAACCCAGCUGUUAGCAAUACAGAUAGAUGCCGCUAUAAAUCCAGGGAAUAGUGGAGGCCCAGCAAUAAUGGGUGACAAAGUUGCAGGAGUAGCAUUUCAAAACCUUUCUAAUGCCGAGAAUAUUGGUUACAUUAUUCCUGUUCCUGUGAUUAAGCAUUUCAUUGAAGGUGUUGAAGAAACUGGAGAUUAUGUUGGAUUCUGCUCAAUGGGUUUGUCCUGCCAACCUACUGAAAAUGCACAACUUCGGGAACACUUUCACAUGCCUCCUGGUUUAACUGGGGUACUUGUAAGUAGAAUUAACCCGACCUCUGAUGCAUAUAGAGUUCUGAAAAAGGAUGAUAUCAUCCUUUCAUUUGAUGGAGUGCCCAUAGCAAAUGAUGGAUCAGUUCCCUUCCGAAAUAGAGAGCGAAUAACAUUUGAUCAUUUAGUCUCUAUGAAGAGACCUAAUGAUACUGCCCGAGUUAAAGUAUUGAGAGAUGGCAAAGAGCAUGAGUUCACUAUUACACUUCGUCCAUUGCAGCCUCUUGUUCCAGUUCAUCAAUUUGAUAAGCUUCCAAGCUACUUCAUUUUUGCUGGUCUUGUGUUUGUACCAUUAACGCAACCUUAUCUGCAUGAGUAUGGAGAAGAUUGGUAUAAUACAUCACCUCGUCGAUUGUGUGAACGAGCGCUUAGAGAGCUGCCUCAGAAAACCGGUCAACAACUUGUUAUCCUCUCACAGGUACUAAUGGAUGACAUCAAUACGGGUUACGAGCGCCUUUCUGAUUUACAGGUGAAGAAGGUCAAUGGCAUAGAAGUCGACAACUUGAAACAUUUGCGACAACUUGUAGAGAAUAGUAGCAGAGAUAAUGUAAGAUUCGAUUUGGAUGAUGAUAGGGUGAUUGUUUUGAACUAUAAUUCUGCAAAAAUGGCAACAACGCGUAUACUGAAACGCCACAGAAUACCUUCCGCCAUGUCUAGUGACCUUGUGGACGAAGAAGGUGGUUCAAAUAUUGAGCUUGCUUGUGCAAAGUGAGCUUUCCUGUGUUUUUUUUGCCUUUUCUUUUCUUCUUCCCUGUCGUCUCUCCCCCUCCCCCCUUCUUUCUUAAAGUUAAUUGAUUCAGCUGUCAUUAAUUCUUACUAUUUCAUUUGCACCUCUGUAUUAGGACAGUCUAAAUUUUGAUUUUGGUGGUCAAUGUUUAUAGUCCAAUUUGACAUCAAGGUACUCUUUUGUUUUGUUUCAAAUGUCAGUAGCAAUGUUUCCGUAGCUCUGGGACUAUAAUGUUUUGUUUUUCCCAAUGGGAAUUGCAAUAUGAUAUUUGUCUUACU